CGAGGCUCUGCUGAGUGCUCUUCUCUUCACUUUCACAUAGAGAAACACUGACUGGCCACUGAAACAUACACACACACAGACACACAGAGAGGUCACUAUCACAUGACAAAGGCUUUGAGACAGCUUCAUCUUCCUCUGUCUGUAAUUUCCAUUUGCCUUCCUGGGUUUCAGUCUCUUGUGAUGUCAUAAUCCUACUAGUUCUCCAGGCUGCCGAGACUCUUCACCCAGCAGCAGGUCACAGUAAUGAAAGGCAGUAAUCGGAAUAAGGAUCAUUCAACAGAAGGAGAGGGAACUGGGAAACGACCAAAGAGAAAGUGUCUUCAGUGGCAUCCACUACUUGCAAAGAAAAUCCUUGACUUUUCUGAAGAGGAGGAGGAAGAAGAGGAAGAAGAAGAUAUCGAUAAGGUCCAACUUCUUGGAGCUGAAGGUCUAGAGCACGAUGCUGAUGAAACAGAAGAUGAUGAAUCCUCAGAGCAGCGAGCCCGCAGGCCAAUGAACGCAUUUCUCUUAUUUUGCAAACGUCAUCGCUCCCUUGUGCGGCAGGAACACCCCCGUCUGGACAAUCGUGGUGCUACCAAGAUAUUGGCAGAUUGGUGGGCUGUUCUAGACCCGAAAGAAAAGCAGAAAUACACUGACAUGGCCAAGGAGUACAAAGAUGCAUUUAUGAAGGCAAAUCCUGGCUACAAGUGGUGCCCUACAACAAACAAACCUGUGAAAACCCAGUCAUCCACUGUUACAAACAGAAAAAAGCUAUGGGCCUUCCCGCCAGAAUCUGCAAAAGAUUUACCAAGUCCCAAGAAAGUGGCAAAGAAUGAAGAAAUGCCUCAGCUGAACUUUGGAAUGGCAGAUCCUACGCAGAUGGGAGGCCUGAGUAUGCUGCUUUUAGCAGGGGAACAUGCCCUGACUGCACAAGAAGUUUCCUCGAGUACUUGCCAGUCUGAUGCAUCUAAUUCUACUGAAGCAUGUCAGAAGUCACCAUUGUUCCAGUUUGCAGAGCUCUCUUCAAGCCCAUCACAACCUGAUGCCCCGGCGGCUGCAAAACAAACGGAGGAGUCAGCACUGUUUCAGUUUGCGGAGAUCUCAUCAAAUACUUCACAGCUGGGGAGCCCUGAGCCUGUAAAGCACUGUGGGAAGUCAGCACUCUUCCAGCUGGCAGAGAUGUGCCUUGCAUCAGAGGCGGUAAAAGUGAAAGAACCUGGGAAGGUGGAAGUGGAAACAUCGGUGGAUGUGAAAGCAGAAGCUCCAGAGGAAGUGAAGGUGAAAGAAUUGGAGAAGGUGAACGUGAAAGACUCACAGGAAGUAAAAGUGGAAGAAUCUGAGAUGGUGAAAAAUCAAAAUGACGAAAAGACAAAAACCGAAGAGUUGGAGAAAGUUACACAAUGCAGUCACUUUACUGAUCCGGCAGCAGACAGCAGUACUUUAGAGAUAAAUAAUAGUACCAGUGCAAAGGAUCACACAUGCCAUUCUCAAGACCUUUCACUGGCUGACUUUAAUACCCUGGGGCUGAGCAAACCAGAAAAGAUAAAAAAGAAAAAGAAAAAAAAUAAGCUGGACCGGCACACAAACGAAAAAUCCACCCCCAAGAAGGCUUGUAAAAAGAGGCAGUCCUCUGAGUCGGACAUUGAAAGCGUCAUUUAUACUAUCGAAGCAGUUGCAAAGGGCGACUGGGGCGCCGAGAGACUCGUCGAAAUCCCCCGGAAGAAGGUCCGCCCUGCCUCAAACAUGAAGGGAAGUGUGUUGGACACAAAGUCACCAAAGAAAAAAGUGAAAUCAAAAGAGAAGAGAGCAUCAAAGGAGAAAUCCUCGGAGACCACCAAAGAAUCAAAGCCUCCCGACUUUCUUAGUAUUACAGCCAAUACGGAGGCGCCUUGUGAGGUACCUGACAACAUAAAAGCAGAACCAUUGACCCCAACAGAGGAUGUGGUACCACAGAGUUUACCUGGACAGGUCAAAACAGCAGACAGUGACUGUAAUAAAAAGAUUGAAACCUGUGGCUCCAGGAAAUCAGAGCGAUCUUGCAAAGGUGCUCUUUAUAAGACUCUGGUGUCAGAGGGCAUGCUCACGUCCCUGCGUGCCAAUGUGGACAGAGGCAAACGAAGCUCAGGAAAAGGCAACUCCUCAGACCAUGAAGGAUGCUGGAAUGAAGAAAGCUGGGCCUUUUCCCCAAGUGGGAUGAGUGGGAGUAAAAAGCUGAAAAAAACUAAGCCAAAGGAAGAAUUUGUUCUGGGUUUAGCAAAAUUGGAAGAAGAAUUUGAAAAAAAAUUCAACAGCCUCCCUCAGUACAGUCCCAUUACGUUUGACCGGAAAAGCGUAUCUGUUCCAAGGAAAAAGAAGAAGGUUGGAAGCUGUCCAGCAGAACAACCAAAAUCCAACAAAGGUUCAUUCCAGUCUCAGAAAAAGAACUUAUUCCACAAAAUUGUCAACAAAUAUAAGCACAAAAAGGAGAAGUUUAAGGUUCCGGAAAAAGGUACUGCCAUACUUGCAGAAGACAAAAACCCCAGUGAGCCUGCACGGAAGAAUAAAACUUCUGUAUCUGUCCCAAAUACUCCAGAGCCAGCACUGCUGCAUGAACCUUUGGUUGGUAGCCAAAAGAGGAAAGCGAGGAAAACUAAGAUCACACAUCUUGUUCGGACAGCAGAUGGCCGAGUGUCACCAGCAGGAGGGGCUCAGGAGGAAAAACCAAAGGAGCUACCACAGAGUAGUCUCCAAAAAACAUCAAGUGCGGAGACCGAUUGCAACGACGAAUGCUCUAGAAGCACAGAAGCAGAGGACACUCAUAGUAUUACGCCAGGCAUGCCAGCUGUGUCUGCAUUCUUUAGCCUAGCUGCUCUAGCAGAAGUAGCAGCAAUGGAAAAUGUACACAGAAGUCAGAGGGCAGCGCCUCUCCCACGUGACGGACAGCCAAAAGAAAUGUCUCAGGCUCCGGUGCUUAUUUCCUGCGCCGACCAGUGA